ACAACAACAGCCUUUCCUCAUGGGCUCUCGCAGGGAAGAAAUUAUUCGGCAAAAAUUCAAGCAAGAGGAUUUUGCCAAACCUGGCUUGCCCCGACCAGAAGACCUGCUGACCUCUCAGGCUGAAAAUACCAUGAUGCAUCUCACCGGCCAGAACCACCUGCUGGCAUCUAAAAAUAUGUGCGAUUCCAAAACACCUGGCCUCCAUCUGUCAGCCACACAGGCAGGGGAAGAGGAGGAGGUGUUGGUGAUGGUGGGUCGGCUUAUGCCAGGGUCCGCCAUGCUGCCCACGCCAGGCCAGGAGGGCCCUGCCACCCAGAGGGACUCCUUGCUCCUGGUCGGGUGCAGGUCUCCCCUGCCUGGCUUGUCCCCAGAGAGGGAGGGGGAGAACAUGCCCCUGCGGUGGCCUCUGAAGCUGGCCCCUCUGGAGCUGCCCAUGGAGGUACAGGAGGCCCAGAGACAGAAGAUGAAGGGAAUUGGGCUGGAGGCCAAGGCUGCUGCCCAUAAGCUGGACACUACGGUGGGCGACCAACCCUGCCCCAGGAAGGUGAAGGCCUGUGGUGUGAGAGGAGAGGGACCAGGACUGGUUAAGGGUACGGCAGAGUGUGUCUCCACCUCAGCCCCACAUCCCCUGCCUCUGACUGAAACAGCAUCCAGAGUCCAGCGACAGCAGAAGGUUCUGAGAGCGCAGCUUGCCCGUGCCAAUCCAAUCCAGAGACAGACAGGAGACAGGCUCUCAGAAGAUUCUGGUACUACCGUUAAAGGCCCUCCUCCUGCCCCUAGCAGCAAACCAGCCACUCCCUCUGCCUCUCUCCCCUCCAGCGCCAAAGCUCAGGCUCAGCAGGCGAUAGCACCACAUGGCGAGGAGAGCGCAUGCCAAGCGACCGGCACAUUCCAGCAGGAGACAGGCAGAAGGAGGCUGCGUCUGAAGAGGGCAGAGCGCCUCGAAGAGGAUCAGAGCAAAUCUAACAUGUCAACAGGAGGAUUACCUGGGGAAGAGGCCAAGCUGGCCCAAGGUGUCCAGCAGGGAAAAGCUCAGAGGGCAGAGACAGAGAAGGAUCUGACAAAAUCCUGAAGGAGGCCAGUCGCAUACUGGAGAAGGCUUCCAGGAAGAACGCCAGGCCGGAAUUACCGGAGAACCCGCUGGAAGUGUCCAGAAAGACCAUCAGGAGAAUGGCAGUGAGCAACCUCCAGAACACUGUCCUUUGACCUCUGACCCCUGAUCUUUGACCUCUUAACCCCUGACUCCUUUUGAGCAGCCCAGGAAGGAGUGAAAACAGACGUGACAGUGUUAAGUCGUGUGUUUACUUGUGCUUAUCACCUGGAGAUUACUAUAGAAAAGCCCCUGCAUCUUACUUUACACAGCAUCUGGUAUUCAAAGCAGCAAGCCAGUUACAAUGCCAAGUACCCUGGCAGGCAGUAUGUACAGUACAUAACAGAGGAUAAACAUAGAAGUAUAUUAUGGACCAAAACAUAUUUUAUAAAAAGAUGAUGCUGGUAAUACAUUUAAAUGCCAACAUGGUCACAUUAGAAUGUGUAAAAAAAAUUGUGACGUUUAACCAGUGUAGAUAUUCUGACAUAGGCUAUUCAAUCUCAUAUUUUGGAUGAGAUAUGUCUGCAUAUUCAGGUGACAUAAUCAUAUUUGAGCAUCACAAUAGCUAUGUAAAGCUAUGCGAAAAUGACCUGCAUUCAGGGAUUAUUAUCAAGGUCUCAUCAGACGGAUACAUUGGCUUCAUCUAUGACCACUGAAACAGCUCCAUCUAGUCCAAACAAUGGCAUUGAUUAGUAACAGAACUCACAAACAGAACCGCAGCAGUAAUCGGAUGUUUACAUUGACAACAGCAAAUUCAUGAGAUUUAAAAUAUGCCAUAUUUUCUGAAACAGCCACCCCACACUUUGGGUACUGUGUAUUUAGGCCUUCAGUUAAUUAUAUCAUCUUCCUGCACCUUAACUACUUUGUCAGGUGUGCAGUAGAUUCCUAUUGUACAUGUAAUCUAAGAAUAAUUUUAAAGUGAAAACUUUUCAGUCUUUAAGCAGUGUUUUUCCUCCUCUCAGCAUGCAUUACAGCUCUCUAUGUAUUUGGUAACAGAACAAGCCCCAUCCCUCACUGUAACAAGUGAAACUCCAGAUUCCCCUUCCUCCACUCUAAAAGAAUGACUGAAGAACACUCACAUAAAAAGGUCUACCUUCUGCCAAUUGGAACAGAGGAUGCUACUCUAGUCUAGACAUCAAAGUUUUGAGGUGACCCAUUUCCUUUCAAGUUAUUCCCUAAAUCUGGAUUUAGACAUUCCAGACAGUAGUUAUGGGAAUGUAAUUUAGGUAACGUAUGUUGACCCUUGACUAAAUCAGGCAGUUUAUCAUAGAGAAAAGAAAAGUCUCCCAAAACAUAUGUGAGAUUUCAAGUUUUCAGGUAUGUCAAAUCAAAUCAAGUUUUAUUUGUCACAUGCGCCAAAUACAACAG